AUGAAGUUAAAAUUAAAACAAUUAAAUAUUUUUUCAAAGGACCAUCCUGAAGAAAGUGACCAUGAUGAAGAAAGUGAUAGUGAGAGUGAUUAUAUAGAAGAUACAAUAGGUGCUGUUGGUGUUUGGCAAGUUGCAGUUUGUGCAACUGCAUCUCUAACUAGAUUUCUUGCUAUGGGAAACAUGACAUCAGUUGUAUUUUUGACCCCAGUUACAAAAUUUACUUGUGUCGAAUUUCAAAACAAUGCUACUAUAAAUACAGAUAUGACAUGUUAUGAAAAUUGUACUAAAUACGAUUAUCAUUCACAAGUUAUGGAAACCACGUUGAUAUCAGAUUUUGGACUGAUUUGUGAGAAAUCGUGGUUAGCAAGUUUAACCCAGACUAUUUUGAUGCUUGGUUUAGUGAUUGGUGUCUCUUUGUUUGGUUGGAUGUCAGACAGAUAUGGUCGCCGCGUUGCUCUCUUACUUUCUACCUUCCUGAACAUACUGUCUAUGAUACCGACUUCUUUUGUAACUCAAUUUUGGAUGUUUAAUGCCCUAAGGUUUGUUAGUGGAAUCGCGUCCGGUGGUUCCCUUAUAAUAUGCUUACCAAUAGUCAUGGAAAAUAUUGGUAAAAGGAAUAAGUUGAGCACCACAAAUAUAAAAGAAAUCGUUGCCAAGAAAGUAGAAGCUCUGAAUAUAAAGGAAAAUGAGAAAAUACGUCCAAGCUACUUUGAUUUUUUUAGAACGAAAGAAAUCAGAUAUAUCACUAUGUCCACUUUAUGCGUCUGGACGGUUGUUGGGACUACUUAUUAUGGAAUAUAUCAGUAUGUGACAUUAAUAAGCGACAAUAUUUUUAUAACUGUGGCCAUAUUGGGGUUAAUGCAGCUACCCCUGUGUCCAACAGAGAUUGUUAUAACAAAAGUUUUUAGUAGAAAAUCAUCGCUUAUAGUCUCAUUAAUACUGACGGGAAUUACAAUGCUUAUUUUAAUAUUCACACCGAAAGGACAUUGGUUUACAAGUAUAUUAGGAAUCGUUGGCUUUGCAACAGUGUCGGUUAGUUUUGCAAUAAUUUACGUUUACGAAGCUGAGUUAUAUCCGACGACAUUGAGGAACAUGGCGUUUGGAUUUGCAUCUGCUGUAGCAAAGCUAGGGGCCAUGGUGGCCCCUUUUAUAGCAAAUAUAUCACCUACUUGGAUACCGUCAGCGAUAUUUGGAAGUUUAUCACUAGUUGCUGCUGUAUCAUGUGUUGUUUUGCCAGAAACGAAAGGAAAGAACUUAAAAGAUACCGUCAACUCU